GGAGCCGUCCUGGCUGUGCUGGCCUCGCUCAUCAUCACUGCCAACGUGCUGGUGGCCGUCGCUCUGCUCUGCCUCAUCCACAAGAGCAGCUCCAGGGGCCUCUGCUUCGUCCUGAACCUCGCCGUGGCAGACACCAUGGUUGGCUUCACAGUUGCAGGUCUGGUCGUGGACGAGUUUUCCCAGCCCUUCUAUCCUCCCCAGAUCUUCUGCGUCCUGAGAAUGGCUUUUGUCACCUCCUCUUCAGCUGCCUCUGUCCUGUCCCUGAUCCUGGUUGCGUGCGACAGGCACCUGGCCAUCAGGAGACCUUUCUACUACGUCCAGCUGGUGACAGGCCCGUGGGUCGGGGUGCGCCUGGUGGGGCUCUGGCUGGUCGCUGCCCUCAUCGGCUUCCUGCCCUUCCUGGCCCCAGCCUUCCAGAGGGACAUUCCCCAGGGGAAGAAGUGCUCCUUCUUCGCCGUCUUCCACCCCGCCUACAUGCUCACGGUGUUCUGCGCCGCCUUCUUCCCAGCCCUCUGUCUCUUCAUUUACCUCUACUGGGACAUGCUGAAGAUCGCCUCGCUGCACGCUCAGCACAUCCGGGGGGUGGGGCUGGGGGGCUGCCCCCCGGCCCGCGCCCUCAAGGCCAUGCGCACCGUGGGGCUGCUCGUCGGGUGCUUCACGCUGUCCUGGCUGCCCUUCUUCAUCGGCAGCGUGGUGCAGACCGUCUGCCUGGAGUGCUUCCCCUACAGAGUCGUCGAGAGCUACCUCUGGCUGCCGGGGCUCGGCAACUCCCUGCUCAACCCGCUGCCCUACUCCUAC